UGUUUUUUUAGCAUGUUAAUUAGCGGAAUUCUCGACAACGCCCGGCUUUUUAUUAUCACUAUUGUUCUAAGCGUGCAACUAACAAAAGCGGACAAUAUAUUGGCUAUUUUUUCAUAUGCCUCCGGAUCGCCCUAUUUAUUGGUUAGGCCACUGAUUAAGGAACUAGUGGACCGAGGACACCAAAUAACUGUAGUUUCAGCCGCGAAAUAUUUUCCUACUAUCGAUGGGACACGUCAUAUUCGAGUUUUCGAGCUGGAUCACUUAAUAGAAGACGUAAUAGACUUUGAAUACGAUGCAAACCCAAUGCAAACAAAAUGGCAACAUGCGUCUUGGGUAUCACAUUUUUACUAUGAAGCAUCAAAUUACAUUCUAACUAACGAAGGAGUUCAGCAGCUACUACAUAAUUCGAGUGCCCAGUUUGAUAUGGUAAUUAUGAAUACCCCCAUAUCGGAUGCUCUUUGCGGAUUCUCUCAACAUUUUAAUGCCCCAAUGGUUGGUAUUGCUGCCUAUGGCUCCACUUGGAUUAUUGAUUACCUCGUUGGCAAUUCGGCACCAAGUAUAUAUGAACCAAUGUCACCAGUUGGUUACACUUUCAGCAACAGUCCCAGUUUAUUCGACAUGUGGAACAAUUGGGUAUACUUGACCGAAGAAUGGUUGUUAGAGCGAUUAGUCUACUUGCCGCCACAACUUAAAUUAUACAGACAAUAUUUUGAUAAUUCAUAUUCAAAUUUCGAGGAGAUUCGUCGAAACUUUUCAUUAAUUUUGGUCAACCAACAUUUUAGUUUGGGACGUGUCAGAUCCAAUGUGCCCAAUAUAAUUGAAGUAGCAGGGAUGCAUAUGUGUGUGCACAAGAAUUGCAAACUAGAUCCUAUUCCGGAUGAUCUUCGGCGAUUUAUGGAUGAGGCGGAGCAUGGUGUCAUCUAUUUCUCAAUGGGUGUGGAGAUAUUUAUGAAAUGGCUACCAAAGCAUAUGAAAGACACGUUAUUUAAAACAUUUUCGACACUAAAGCAACGCGUCGUAUGGAAAUACGAUAACUGGCAAUCAUUUAAAAACAAAUCUGAUAACAUUUAUGUUUCAUCUUUCAUGCCACAGCAACAAAUACUUCAACAUCCCAAGCUCAAGCUCUUUAUUACCCAUGCCGGGCUCUUAAGUGUUAUUGAGACAGCAUAUUAUGGUAUUCCCAUUCUAAGUUUACCUUUGUACUAUGAUCAAUUCACGAAUUCCCAACGUAUGCGAAUGGCAGGUGCUGGUCAAACUUUGCAUCUCAAUUUAAUCAAUGUUGAAAUAUUGAAUAAUAGUAUUCAGGAGCUCAUACAGAAUCCUUCAUAUGCAAGAAUAGCUAAACAGAUGUCCACACGUUUUCGUGAUCAACCUAUGAACCCUUUGGAAACGGCUGUUUGGUGGACCGAAUACACCUUAAGGCACAAACGUAGCCCUCCCAUCCGUCUUGCGGAACAUGAUAUGUCCUUCAUGCAAUAUUAUAGUGUUCAUUUUACUUCUGUACUGUUCGGAAGAAUCGGCCUAUCUGCUAUAAUUGUGAUUUUAAUAGGUUAUAAAUUAGCUAAAUAUAUAAUAGCUCACUCUCAUAUCAGUCUGAGUAUUCCCCUAAUUCGAUGAUAGCGGAUAAACAAAUGUGUACCAGACUCUAGAGAUAAAGUUAGUCAGAGAAAGAUAAUCCCCAAAUGACAUGUUGGUAAUCAAAAAAAUGUACCCGUUAUUUCUAAAUUCGUAAUGCAGUUUUUCUCAUAAAAUU